UCCUUGGGGCGGGGUGGAGUGGGGGGCGUCACGGAGGGGGCAUCGGGGUGUUCGUCCGGGAGGCUUGUAGGUGUCUAGAAAGGCCACCUCGGAGGACCAAGCCGGGGUGCUGGCGCCGCCGCCGCCAUGUUUGGUUGCUUGGUUGCGGGGAGGCUGGUUCAAACAGUGGCGCAGCAAGUAGCAGAGGACAAAUUUGUGUUUAACUUGUCAGACUACGAGAAAAUCAAUCAUGUGGUAGUCUUCAUGCUGGGAACCGUGCCCUUUCCGGAGGGUAUGGGCGGAUCAGUCUACUUCUGCUACCCUGACGAGAAUGGUGUGGCCGUGUGGCAGCUCCUUGGAUUUGUCACGAAUGAAAAACCAAGUGCCAUCUUCAAAAUUUCUGGUCUAAAAUCUGGUAAAGGCAGCCAGCAUCCGUUUGGAGCCAUGACUAUCCCCCAAAUGCCUUCUGUGGCCCAGAUUGGGAUUUCUGUGGAGGUUCUGGAACUCUUGGCUCAACAGACUCCUGUAGCAAGUGCUGCUGUAUCAUCAGUCAAUUCAUUCACAGAGUUCACUCAAAAGAUGUUAGACAAUUUUUAUAACUUCGCGUCGUCCUUUGCUGUUACUCAGGCCCAAAUGACUCCCAACCCAUCAGAAGCUUUUAUUCCUGCAAACGUAGUUCUGAAAUGGUACGAGAAUUUCCAAAGAAGACUAACUCAAAACCCUUUUUUUUGGAAAACAUAAAAUCCCGAGUCAGUUUCUUGGGAGGCCACUUGAAACAAGCAGACAGAGCUUAAAAGAUGCAAUAUCCCGAGCUUGCUGAAAAACAUCCGGAUGAAUGCCUAAAUUUGACAUGGAGGGAGAAAAAAAAAAACACCUCAGCUUUUGUAAUACUUCUGGGACUCUGCUUUAAAAUUAAACCCUAAAGAGUAGUCAUUGCAACGUGUCCUGUUUUCAAGUUAAAAACUAUAAACAGGGAAACCUACGGUGUGUACCGAAAACAUGGUCAAUAAUAUUAACAAGAAUAAACCUUUUGAUUUGUUUUUUUUCCCCCA